AUGCACUGCAUUAAGCCCUCACCUGAGCUGGUACAAACUAGAAGUGCUGCCAGGUUCAAAAAGCCCGCACAGGCUCCAGAUCUCUUGGCGGCAGAACCGCAGAAAGUUAAGAGCUUUGCAAGCACGGUCCAACCUGGAAUAGAGCAUCGGCCCUUCUCCGAUGAAGAGAUCAAAGAGGCAUUUGCGACGUUCGACCUCGAUAACAAUCGCUUUGUUGGCGCCGCAGAGAUCUCGCACAUCCUCAAGUUGAUUGGUGAGGAGGUGUCUCAUCAGGAGAUCGAUGAGAUGAUCCGCAUGUGUGACACAGACGGAGACGGACAGGUCACAUUUGACGAGUUCUACAAGAUGAUGACAACGCCAGCACCACCACUGCCUCCCGAGGUGAGAUCCACCAAGAAGAAGCCCUACUCCAGCAAGCUGGGUGGAGCAAAGAGGUAUGUCAAGCAGCUUACAGAGACGGGCCCAACAUCUCUGGAAAAGGCCACAGCGGAGCUCUCGAAGAACAAGGGCGACUGGCGUGCGCAGCAGAGCGCUGCAGCAGAGAUGAAGCAACAGCGGGCCACCAGCGUGGAGCAGCUUAUCCACAAGCUCUCUGGCGGCAUGGGGAAGAUCAAGCCCUCGCAGAUCAAGAAGAUCUACAAGCGCUUCGGGGAUAUCGAUGUCGACAAAAGUGGAGCCAUCGAUUACGAAGAGUUCAUCCAGGCCAUGGACAUGGAAGACACAAACAUUGCAAGGCAAAUGUUCAGAGUCUUCGAUAUGGACGGCAGUGGCAUGAUUGAGCUGAAGGAGUUCAUCGUUGUCCUGUCACGAUACACAGCGGUUGGGGCUCCAAGACAGACGAGUCAAAUUCCAACACUGUACAUGUGGUUUUCACGGUUCGUGUUUCAAUUUCGUAGCUUCGAUUUCUUAUCCUCCCGGCCCGCUCGACCUAGUAAAUGA